CUGCCGGGGAAUUCAGCGGCUGGGCUGGUUCCUUCGGAUUCCUUCGGGUUUUCCUUUGUUAGCGUUUUCCCAGCGAGUCCGGCAUUCCUGCAGCUCUGCUGAAAAGCAGGAGCUGUCAGAAAGAUGACUUUGUUUCACGCGAUGCUUCUCCAGAGCGGCAUCGCUUUGUUCAAGCGCCCGUAAGCCGUUUAUCGUGUCACGGCCAUCACGUUUUAAUGAGCUAUGAAAUCCACUGCUUUUCACGGCUGAAAGGCAGCGGUAGGCACACCGGUUCUGUUUCUCGCCCCUUGCCUUAGGAACCGGAGCAGGCAGUCUGGGAGAAGAAUGUUAACCACUGGUCCCUAGCAGUGUAUCCUGAUUUCUGAUCACUUAUAUUAAAGAAAAAUCCCCAUUUCAGAGGGAGUGCAAGGCUGCGUGAAAGUAGAGAAUAUCACAACCCAUUUUAAAAAAAGAGAAGAUCAAGUCUGGAGUUUCUCUGACUUCGUCUGAAAUUGUAGGCAUGAUCAAUUUGUUUAAGAAACCUUACAAGAAAAAAGCAGGCAAAUUCCAGCCUUUUAAGAAGCUCUUCGGCAAGAGGAAGAAAAGAGAGCCCACAUCAGAUUGCGAGGAAGCCAAACUGAAGCCCAGCCACUCCUUUGGCAACGUCUGCAACGGCACCUUCUCCUCCGAUGAAGAGCCAAACGGCGGUCUGAGGUCCUCCCAUUAUUCUAUGGGCAGUCGAGCUUUUUCCCAUGACAGUAUUUUUAUACCUGAUGGGAGAACAGAGAGUGAACAGGCCAUCCAAGCAAUGUCACAGGAGAACGUUUUAGGAAAAGUCAAAACUCUUCAGCAACAGUUGGCCAAGAAUAUAAAAUUUGGGCAGCCUCCACAAAUGACAAUUUCUGUGAGGACGAUGGGGGAGGCAAACACUAGUAUAGAAGAGGAUGUGUUGCUCAGUAGCCCCAUGGAGAUUGAGACUCAGCAGGACACUGUGAUCUCAGACAGUGGUAAUAAAUCCAUUGACACUCCAGAUUUGUUGAGAACAAUGAAUUUGCCUGGAACAGGACAUGAAGUGGAAGAAAAGGUCACUCCAGUCAAAUCAUCGCGGCCAAAAAGACAAUUUUCCUGUUCUGGCACAAUUGAAACAAUCAAUUUGGAUGCAGUUCCCCAGGCUGUUGCUCGUCUAGACAACAGUGCAGCUAAACACAAGCUGUCAGUGAAGCCAAAAAAACAGAGGAUGUCAAGAAAACACAAGAGAUUGACAAAGGGAUCACAAAGUUUAACAAUAACAGAAUUUGAGCCAGAGGACCUAGAAACUCAGCUGUAUGGCGACAGAUACCCAGGUUAUAAUGGACACAUCAUAGCAGACAAGCUAAUCCAGAACAGAGAUGAGCAGAAGCAGCCUCAGCUGGCAGAGGAGAAAAGAAUUGAAGAUCACUGGGGCAUCUUUGAGGCUGAAAGAAUAAGGCAGAUUGUAGAAAUGGAAGAACAAAGAGAAAUGGAAGAACAAAGAGAAAUGGAAGAACAAAGGUACCAAGAACUUGAGCAGGUGCAGAAGGAGCAGGAGAGAAGGUGUUGUGAAGAAGAGAGGAGGCAGUAUCUCCUUGAAGGAGAGACAUCUUUGAAAACAGAAGAGCAAACAUGCCAUAAAGAAGAGAGAAGACUGCUGGAGGCUGAAAAGAGGCAAGAGCUGGAGGAGCAGAGUUGGCAGGAACUGGAGAAGCAGACGCAGAAGGAGUUGGAGGAGCCACAGGGACAAGAGCUGGAGGAGCAGAAGCGCCAGGAAAAAGAGGAGCAACAGAGACAAGAGCUGGAGGAACAGAAGCACCAGGAAUGGAAGGAGCAACAGAGACAAGAGCUGGAGGAACAGAAGCACCAGGAAUGGAAGGAGCAACAGAGACAAGAGCUGGAAGAACUGAAGCACCAGGAAUGGGAGGACCAACAGAGACGAGAGCUGGAGGAGCAGAAACACCAGGAAUGGGAAGAGCAGAGAUGUCAGGAGUUGGAGGAGCAGAGGCAUCAGGAAUGGGAAGAGCAGAGGCGCAAGGAGCUUGAGGAGAAACAGAGACAAGAGCUGGAGGAGCAGAAGCGGCUAGAGCUGGAAGAAUUAAGACAACAUGCGAUUGAAAAACAGUGUCAAGAGGAAGAAGAAAGAAGUUGGCUGGAGGGACAAAAAGAACUCAAGGGAAAAAAUAAGGAAGAAAAACAGAGACAAGAGCUAGAAGAGAAAGAGCUUAAAGAAGCUGAAAUAAAACUGAAGCAGGAGAAAGAAGCUGAGAGCCUCAAACAACAGAAAAAACAGGAGGAACAAAGGCAGCAUUUGAAGGAGAAAGGAGAAAAGACAGAGAAGGAACAACCCCAGCAAGUAAUGGAUAAGAAAAAGAAACGGGAAGAGCAGAGAAAACACAAGCUCACAAAACAAAUGCACUUGGAAAGUACGGAAAGUGUGCAACAAGAUGAACUGAAGCAGCAAAAGGAACAAAAUGAACAAGAAUGGAACAAGCUGGAAGAGCAGAGGGUAGACACAGAAGGACAAAAUCUUCAGCAAAAUCAACAAGAAAAAUCCUUGGAACAGCAACAGGACAAGGAUCAGUUGUGUUCUGGAGGGGCUGAUAGGCAUCUGGUAGAGGAGAAGCUCCAAGAAGGAUCAAGAUCCCCAAAACUCAAACAGCCAGAAAAAGGGAAUAAAACAGCAGAAGUCCUAGCCCAGAAACUGAAGAGAGAAGUUGAGGCGCAGGAGCAAAAGCGAAUAGGGGAAGAGCUUCGGUGGCAAGAGGUAGAUGAAAGACAAACUGCAUCCAGACCCUUCACAUUUCAAGUAUCUUCUGGAGAUAAACAGAUCAUAUUUCAGAAAGUAAAUCUGAGUCCAGUCAUGCCCGUCAAAGGAGCAGGACUCUCUUCUCCAUCCAUCAAAGACUGCAGGAUGCACACUGCCAGCAAGGGCUCCCAUACACUCCCAUCAUCUGUGUGUGUACCCCAUACAGCUAUUUUGGUUACUGGAGCACAGCUGUGUGGCACAGCAGUUAACUUGAACCAGAUAAAGGACACGGCUUGUAAAUCGUUACUUGGCUUAACAGAAGAGAGAAAAAAUGUGGACAUUCCUUCACCAGAGAAGGCCCAGAAAAAAACCCAGGAUCCCAAGCCCAGCAGCAGUAAAAUGAAAUAUGCACAAGAGACAUCGAACAACCAGGCUGUACUAGCUGAGUGGGCCUCUAUCCGCUCCAGAAUCCUGAAGAACGCAGAAAACAGCAAAUAUGAGAGAGACCGAGUAAGUGUCUGCAGACACAGUGACGACUGGACACCCCGAGGACGGGGUGCUCCACAUGGCAACUUGAGGAAGACUCUCUCUGCCAAUGCGAAGUUCUCAAUAACACCAGCAUGGCAGAAAUUUUCAGAAGCUUCAAAAACCAAUUCAGACGCUGAGAAUAUAAGUGUGGCAAAAGGCAAUGAACCAGUGGGAAGAAUCACUGGCUCAUGUGCUGACUCAAAGGAGGAUGUGGCUUCCACUUUUAAGGAUAGCUUAGCUGAAAAGGCUAAGGAGAAAAUGGAAACCCAUAGUGAAAUGACAGACAACACAGAAGGCUGUAAAUUUGCAAAAGAUCUUCCAUCUUUCCUUGUUCCAAGUUUUCCUCAUUCUCUAGGUAAAGAAUUACCCCAGGCAGAACUUCCUGGUGCUCAGGAAAAUCAGCAGAAUAACAGCACAAAAAAAGCAGAUAAACCAGCACCAAACGGAGAAGAAAAUGUUUCUCCUUUUGGGAUAAAGUUACGAAGGACAAACUACUCUUUACGUUUCCAUUAUGAUCAACAGGCUGAACAAAGGAAAAAGAAAAGAUACAGUGCAGGAGAUAGUUUUGAUGGUGUGCCUGACCCACUAGUUACAACAGAAGGUGAGAAAGAAUCCGCUGGUUUUGCUCCGCAAGAGAGUACAUCCUCUGGCAUAGGGAGAGUGAACGUCCUUGGUAAUGUGAAAGACUCAAAAGACUCUUCAAUUACUGUGGUGGAGAUUUCACAACCAGCAGGCACACCAGUGGUCCUACCAGCCACUGGCCAGAGCACUUUACCCCCUCAUGAGAAACCAGCAUGCAAGUCACUGGUCCCACAGAAACCUGCUUUAGCUCCAAAGCCCACCAGCCAGACACCACCAUCGUCUCCUCUCUCUAAAAUGAACAGAUCAAACCUAGCUGAUACACUAGGGCAAAGGUUGGUUAAAGCUGAAUCAGACGGUGGCUGGAGAAAAGAAGACAGAGCAAAUGCAGUGCACCCCACACCAUCCAAUGAGUACAAAAAUGAAGAGGAAGAAAUCAGAGAAAAGAAGUCAUUUUUCCCAUCUAUAAGUAUUCCAUGGAGAGAAAAAAAUGACAAAAAGCCUGAGCCACUGAAGAAAGAAAAGCCAGUCCUCCAGAGCAGGCACUCUUUAGAUGGCUCUAAAUUGAUGGAGAAAGUUGAAACUUCACAACCACUUUGGAUUACAUUAGCGCUGCAAAAGCAAAAGGGGUUUCGUGAGCAACAAGCUACGAGGGAAGAGAGGAGACAAGCCAGAGAGGCAAAGCAAGCAGAGAAGCUGGCUAAAGAAAAUGCUGCUGUAAGUAAUCAGUCAGAAAAUAAAAGUAGCAGCAGCAAAACAAGCACACUGCAGAAAUCUACAACUCAAGAAGACGAGAAGAAAAUUGAGACUGCUGUGUCAAGACUAGAAAGAAGGGAGCAGCUAAAAAAGUCGAACACCCUUCCAACUUCUGUGACAGUGGAAAUUUCAGAUUCUGUUCCGUCAACCCCACUCGCAAAGGAGGUGGCCAAGAGAUUCUCUACACCUGAUGCUAACCCUGUGUCAACAGAACCAGCCUGGCUUGCAUUAGCCAAGAGGAAAGCAAAAGCCUGGAGUGACUGUCCACAGAUCAUAAAGUAAACUGUAAAAUUACAUCUCUAUUGCUGACUAUUAAUUGCUUUCUUUUUAUUUAUUCAGCUUUUUACACAUGACAAAACUGAAAAUGCAUGUAUUGAAGGACUGAAAACUGAACUGAUUACCAUUUUGCUCUAGCUCACUGUAAAGUCUACUGAAGUCAUAUAUUCCAUUGCUUUGACAAAUAGCUAAAUGAGGUCACAGCAAAAAUUUCAGAACCAGACUCUCUCAAAAAUUUAAGAAUGCUCAGAUACUGGAUGUAAAUUUUAGCGAGUAUCAUAAUAAGGGCCAGAACUUCAGUUCAGAAGCUCCUUACAUUCUGUGGGUAUUUGGUUCUGGAAUUUUAGAUCUCUACACUUAAGUGGAGAUCUCAGAAUUUUUUUUCAACACUCUGUUGAAAAUUAAGACAAGAUGCAUGUUCCCUUCUCUUAUUCCUGAAUUUUUUUUAAGUGUUAAACUGUAUGAACUGUCAGUUCUACCUGCUAUUUGAAAGCUUCUUCCCUAAUGAAGAACUUUGGGAGAUAUCGUUCUACCUGCAAAUGAUAAGUAGACAGUACCAUCCAAAUGCUGAGAUAAUUUCUUUCAUCAUAGGAUUAAUACACUAUGUCUAUAUUCCCUCACUCCCAGCAAGAAAGCAAUUCAUCCUACAUAACAAAAACCCCAUUAUUUAAACAAAAAUCAGAAAGUUUUCAGAAAGAAGCCAGGAAGUCAAGUGUUUAUUUAAGUGCAUCACUGUUUGUGCUUGGCCAUAUUUAAGAUGCAUAGAGACAGUGAUUGCAGAUUACAACUUUAAAUCAAGCAACUGGAACUAAAAUAAGUGAAACUAUUCCUGUGCUCGUGUAGCUGUAGAAUUUGUCUCAGUAAGUUCCUACAGGAGGAAGACUUGCAGAACUGAAAUUAACUGAGAACUGAACAUUAAGUCAGUGAGAGUCUCAGGAGUUUUAACUCUGUGUUCUUCCUGAUUUUACUCCACAUGCAACUUCAGGUAGUUCAGAUGACUUCCUGUACCUUGACCAAUACACCCAGAACACUUCAGAAAGAAGUUUACUUACCCCAUCUCAGGUAUCUGCUGUGGCAAUUGAACACUUUAUUGCUUCUUGUAACUAAAAUAGAAAUGUUCGCCCCGUCCCUCUUACAAAAAAGGAUAAAGUCCAUAGUGUAAUAAAAAUCUUACUAUCCUCAACAUCCCACAGAAAUACCUAGGGUGACUUUUUAAAAAGUCACCCUAGUAAACAAAUCUGUAACACAUCUGAGUUUGUUUUACAAGGAAGUCUUUUAACAAGUUUGAACAUCUCCUUCUUAAAACCAUAAGGCUCAAAGUAACCUUUAAGCCUACAACAUCAUAAAGGGAGACAUUUUCAUGAGAAGAAAUUGCAUUAUAGAAUGAUACCACAUAUGUUUCAUGGCAGUAUUUUAGCCAAACUGCUGUAUGCAGCAUGAGAAGUAGCACUUUAAUUAUGCAGAAAACAGAAUGAAACCUGCCGUAUCCUCCCAUUCCAAGAGUCAAAAAGGGCUUGGCAGCAAAAGUAAUUAUUGAAUACUCUAUUUCCCACCAAACAGAAAACAACGGUUCAGUUUCAUGGUUACAAUAGCACAAAAACAAUAGAUGUGUUAGAUUGAGUAGAUGUGCAGCAGCAAGAUGGGUUUUCUUGGUCGCUUAAGCCAUCAGUUUUACUCAGUUUCGUAUCUAAAACCAGAAUCUCUAAAGUAACUUUUUACCCUUAAUAUAAGUAUUUAAAAUGUUUUAUACAGAGAUGGGGCAAUGCUGGUCUCAAAUGCUUGGGGAAAAAAAAAAAUACUUCACACCUUCAAAGGAAAUCUCUGCAAGCUUAUCUGAAGAAAGAAUUGGGCCCAUAACUAUUUUUGCUCUGCUAGCACCAUGAAUUAGUGCAUCUUAAAUUAAAUUUACACUUUUUCUGAGUUUAUAAGCCUGCAGUAUGUAUUUGUAAUUAGAAGGAGUAAACUGCCUGAAAUCCAUCUUUAUGAUUAUUUCUUGGGAGAAGGAGCCAGGCAGAAAUAUGGAGAAGGUGAAGUAAAUCAGGAUUAAAGAAUUAAAGAUGCUGGUAUUCUGAAACGCAUAGCAAAAUUAGGUGCUAUUGUGCAUGACGCAAGGAUGCAAUUUUCCAAUACAAAACAGUUAUAGCACAUAGAAUAGAGCUUUCAUUAAGGAUGGUCUUAAUCUAAAGCUUCAAAGCAGAGGUUUUUUUCAACCAUAAAGGUAUCUAGUGUAAUAAUGGAAACUGUAUUACGUACAGUACUUGAUGGAAACAUUUCUAAAGUGUACAUGUUCAACAGUGACAUUUCAUGUUAAAUUAACAAAAAUUUGCACUAAAUACCAAUGAAGUGAAGUGUUACUUUGCUUUAGCUUUGUUGCAACCAUUUCUGAUAAAGUGUUGGAAAUCUGUAAAAAUAAAACCAAAACAGUACUACUGAGUUUAAAACAGCAAAAAUGUUUUAAGAACCGAACAAACCACUAUGUAGUAUAUUGUCUCAAUUUUUUGUAACUUAUACACACAAAAUACCAUUUCUUCUGACAAGGUUAUAUAUGAUUAACCUCUAUGUUCAUAUAGUAAUGUAUAAAAACUGUAAGAUGUAUAAUUGUGGGGUAUUUGUUGUGUACUUUUUUAAUUUUUCAAAUGUUUUAAAGUGCAAUUGUUUAUUAUACUAAUGUCAUUUUAAUUCUUAUUAAACUAUAACCCAGUCAAAGUUA